CGGACGCACUAUGCCUAACAUUACCGUUUAAAGUACAUGUGCACAGAUAAAGAGAAACCACCAAGACACCAGCUAGGGCCCGUGAGAGGGCUCCAUUCACACCCACAACCUGCUCGACCAAAAACCCCAACGCAGCCUCUCCCGCGCCAUGCCGCCGGGCGCGGCGGCGCUCCGCCGCCUCCUCCGCCCCAACCGGUCGACAAGGGCCCGCUCCCCGACCCCUACGCCCUCCUCGUCCACGACCCCAUCGACCUCCUCUCCUCCCUGUGGCACCGCGCGUUCGCGCACCCGCUCGCGUCCCCGUUCCCCAACCUCUCCGGCUACGCCUCCCGCCUCGACCUCUGGCUCCUCUCCUACCAGCGCGCAUGCGCCCACGCCACGGGCACCUUCCCGCCGCGCCACGCCGUCCCGCUCCCCACCCUCCACUGCCUCCUCCGCCUCCGCGCCGCCGCGCUCCGCCGCCACCACGCCUUCCCCUGGGGCGCCUCCACGCACCUCCUCCUCCGCUCCCCCGCCGACCCGCCCUCCACCGUCCCGAUCUCCCGCCGCAAGCUUGAGGCCCGAUUCGCGGACGCGCCGCCGCCGUUCCAGGACCGUGUCGUUCAGGAGCUCCUCCUCCUCCUCCUCGAGCCCGUCUUCGAGCCGCGCUUCUCCCCAAAGUCUCACGCAUUCCGUCCUGGACGCGGGCCCCACUCCGCCAUCCGCUCCGUCCGCUCCCGCUUCGCUGCUUACCUCUGGUUCGUCUCGGCCGACCUCACCGCGGUGGUCGACGGCCUCUCGCCGGAAACCAUCCUUUCAUGCGUUCAGAAGGCUGUCUCCGACCGCAAGGUGCUCUCGUUGCUCAAGUCUGCCCUCAAUGCCCCCGUCCGGCCAGGGUCUGUGCCGCCACCGGAGAAGGACCUCGACGGGCUGGCCAAGAAGAGGCUGAAAAGGAAGGUGCUCAGGAAGAGCAGGAAGAAGAAGGUGCUUAACGAGAAUGAGCCAAAGCCUGACCCUUACUGGUUGAGGCUAUUCUUUGGGUUUGCUCCUGAACAGGCGUGCCAUGUGCCCAAUUACGGGCAUUGUGGGAUCAUUAGUCCUUUGCUUGCUAAUGUGUGCCUUAACGAGCUGGAUUGGUGGAUGGAGGAGAAGAUUAAUGAGUACUUUUGCCCGUCCAAGCAUGAUUCGAUUUGGAAGGAGGCGGGUGAUGAGGGGUGCCACAAUCCCGCUUGGCCUGAGUUUGUUCCAUCAGCUGGGAAGGAGAAGACAAGGAAGAUGGAUUUCCUUCGAUUUGGUUCUCAUGUCUUGAUUGGGAUCAGGGGUCCGAGGGAGGAUGCAGUUGAGAUAAGGAGACAACUGAUGGAAUUUUGCGAGAGAACAUUUGGUUUAAGGCCAGAGAAUUCGAUGGUGGAAAUCGAGCACAUUACAAGGGGGAUUGAAUUCUUGGAUCAUGUGAUCACGCGCAGGGUCAUCUACCCGACUCUGCGAUAUACUGCCAGUGGAGGGAACAUUGUCAGCGAGAAGGGUGUCGGAACAUUGUUGUCUGUAACAGCGAGCCUGCAGAGGUGCAUAAGGCAUUUUAGGAAGCUUGAGCUUGUAAAGGGGGACAGGGAUCCUGAGCCAUUGCCAUGUUCACCAAUGCUCUAUUCUGGGCAGGCACACACUAAUUCCCAGAUGAACAAGUUUCUCGAGACCAUGGCUGAUUGGUACAGGUAUGCAGAUAACCGGAAGAAGAUUGUAGGGUUUUGUGCUUAUGUCAUAAGGAGCUCACUGGCAAAGCUCUACGCAGCAAGGUAUAGACUGAAGUCCCGAGCUAAGGUCUACAAGAUCGCUUCACGGGAUCUUAGCCGCCCUUUGAGAGAAAGCACAAGGAAUGAUGCGCCAGAAUACUCUGAUCUUUUGAGGAUGGGACUAGUUGAUGUUAUUGAGGGUGUACAGUUUGCACGCAUGUCAUCAAUUCCAUCGUGCGACUACACACCUUUCCCUAGAAACUGGGUACCGCACCAUGAACUUCUAUUGCAAGAGUAUAUUAAGCUGCAAGAUCCAAAGUUCUUUUGUGAACUUCACAAGACUAUCAAACGUCAGGAAAUAAGUUCACCACAGGAUGAUGUAUCAAAGAUGGUGUGGUAUUAUAAAGUUCAUGGUGUUUAUGAUGACAAUAGAUCUUUGAUGAAAGCCAAGGAAUUGAGAAACGAGGAAGUUGUCAAUGGGGACAAGCAACUUCUAUUAGAUACAUAGCCCUGACUCUUAUGUUCCUGAUUGUUUAUGAAAUAUUGGUGGAGAUCCAAUUGAGCAUCAGGCAGAUCUCCUUCAGUUGUGAAUCGGUUUUUUGUUGUAUGAAUGACCCUAUUCUCAUUAUUUGUAAAGAAGAAUGAUGGGUAUCUAUGAACAACAUAUCAGCUAAAGAAAUGCACCAUAUUCAUUUAUUGUGGCAUGCAGGAGUAUAAGUUUGAAUGUUUACAGAAGCAGUUCAAGGAUUCUCGAACUGAGGACUGUGAAAUGAAAUGUGGAAUGUUCUCAUUGGGAUCAUCAUUGAUUGACAUUUCCAUCAUUUUCCAGCAUGACUAGUCAGGUUUUUCAGAAAGUUUCAGACUUUUGGUUUAUGACUUUUCGGCUACUUCCAUUAUUUGUAUUGAUUCAAUUUCUCCUUUGUUGGCCAGAAUCAUCAUUAUUUAGCAUGUCUAGUUAGUUCGGAUUUAAAUAUCAGUACAGAAGAAAACUAGGAGUUGAUGUAGUUGUGCAUUUGGCAUACAGUGAUCCUUUUUGUGAUCAACUAAUACUCUUCUUGAUUCCUGAUCUUUUCAUACUUAAUUGAUGGUGCACUUGUAUUCUUUCUUUCAAUGUUCCAUAUGGUUACGGCGGAAUUUGGUGGAAAGCAUAAUUACCCUUAGAAACACUAAUGUUUCAUGAUUGCUAUUUCGAAAUAUUGUUGAUGCAUACUUUGUAGUCACCAGUAUUUUAGGAUGACAGCAGCAUCCAUUUCAAGUGCAGCUAUUGUUUUAUUUUAUCCUUUAUGUGGUAUAAAAUGGCUUUUCUAAGUACAAAUGACUUCUUUGUUCCCCUUUUGCAUGUGUAUUUCCUUUUAGAAAAAUCUGGAAGAUUUUACCAUCUUGGACAUGGUUAGUCUGAAAACUUCUUUCCAUCAUUGCAUAUAGCUGCAUGCCAACUUCUGCAGUUGCUAUACUAUUACUGUUCCUAAAUACUCAUUCAAUUGGCCAUGAUUUCUACCCCUAUAAAACCACCUAACUUUUCUUUUCUAUGUCCACUCCAACAUUUGUCCCCAGCAGAGAUGUGUUCUUCUACAUCCACACCCAUCAGUGCACCCAGGAAUCCAACUUAAUUUGAUUCAACCGUCCAGAUCUCCUCUCACCUCUUCUCUCUCCUUACUCACUCAUAUCCAAGGGUCCCUGUUUACUGGAUCAUGCAUGCCCCUUUGACGGCUGGCUCCCCCACCUCCGUUGCUACUUGGAACCGGCUCUUCAUCUCCCUUGCCUCUUCAUCUUCCCCAUUCAUCAGUGCUUGCCCGGAAUCCGGUCAUCUGCUCACCCUUGGAGAUCUCGUACCACGGCCGAACCGCCGGUGUCCACAACCAUCGCUGCCAGCGUCGUGGCCAGGACGCCGUGAUGGGUCGUUGUCUCCGGUGCCAAGGUACACCCCCGGCCCACCACCGUGGCUCCGACGCUGUCGCUGUCGCCGCGGCCGCGGCUGGGCUCCACGUCCAGAUAUGCUAUCCCCGCCUUUAACGGUAGCGUCACCACAGCCUGCAUCCAAGUCCGGCGACGCUGCCGCCGCCGGCGACGUCCACGUCGAGCACACUCACAUCUAGCAAGGGGCAGCAUAGAGUGGAUCGGAGAAGGGAGUCUUCACUUCCACAAGAUCUUGGAGGAGCAGGGAGCCAGAAGAUCAGCACCGUGCUGCCAAGGGCAAGCUUCUCAUACGAGUCAGAUGGGGAAAUAAGGAAAAGUUGUGGGCUUGAAGAGAUAUGCCAAGUACCAGCACAAUUGGAAGUGAUGCUGCAGCAGCAGAACAAUCUGAUGCUGCUGCUCCAGGAGAGGAAGACCAUGAGCACAUUAGUGCUCUUGCUCCAGAAGCUCAAGCUGAAGCUGCUGAACAAGAACCACCACCGCAAGCACAAGGUCCACAAUUAAAGAGUUCAACCCAGAUCAUAUCAUUUCAGAUUCAGGAUAUUCCAAUCGAGAGGUCAAGUUGUAUGCACAAUUUAGUAAUCUGUGUUCACAUUUUUUUCAGUUUGUGAUCACUUGAUUAUGUUAUUCAUAACUCCAUGUUAUUUAGUGCAUAUUAAUUAUCCCCCCACUGGCCCCAAUUAUUUUGAGUAUACGCUUGUUUUUUAGUACAUUAUGCAUAGUAGUAGUAGUAGUGAUAGGAGCUAGAGCGGCACUUCAAUACAACAGGUGAUUAAAAGAACUUGCAGACUGAAUCUGCAAUAUAAAUGAGUAAAAGAAGCGGUAGCCAGAGUGGCACUUCUGUACUGCAGGUGAUUUGAAGAACUUCAGACUGAAACCUGCAAUAUAAGGAGUAAAAGAAGCUGUACUUAUUUCAUAUUUUACUUGCAGAAUAGAAGUUUGUUUUUUCCUUAUUGCAGUAUACUAACGCCCUUGCAGAGUUGCAGGUGCUUUGCAGUUGCAGGUUAGUAGGUGUUAGAAAGCACUGCUGGUUACUACUUCCUUCAAUUCAGUUAAGUUCUUUGAAAGGAAUCGGUGCUCGUAGCCUAAGAGGGGGAGGGGGUGAAUUAGGCCUUUCUUAAAAUCUUAACCUAUGGCUCAACUAGUUUGCACAAAACAUAAACUAGAACAUGCUAUCUAGAUGUGCAGCUAUGGUUCAUCUAGUGUGAAACUCUCAUCCUAAAACAAGUUUUGCAACUUAUAGCUAAUCCUAGCAAAAUACUACACUAAGAAAGUAAAGGCACACAAAUUGCAAGAGUAAUGCGGAAACGUAAAGGAGGGGAUGAGAGGAAGCAAACUCUUGACGCGAGGAUUUAUCCCGUGGUAUCGGUAGACACUAAGCCACCUCUAGUCCACGUUGUUGAAGCACUCACAAAGAGUAUUGCUUCCCGUCAUCGAGUCUCUUCCGGGACUCUUCUUGACUCGCCACCAAGGCUCUCGCCAAGUCCCCAGUCAUUUCGAUAUCGUCUCCACUAAGGAGCUUCUCCACGAAGGAAGGGGGUCUCCACGUCCCCCGCACAAAGCCGUCGUCGCCGCUCCACACCAAGCCGGAUGGUCGAAGACUUGUCGACGAGCCACCAAGACUCCGAGGGGCCGGCACACUGAGAUACAAGUUUGAGGUUCACUCAAGAACCAGCACAAGGUCGCAACACCUUGCUCUCACACUCUCUAGAGCUAGCUUAGCACUACAACUCACAAAGCUUGUGCUAAACCUAAGGAUUUGAUCAAUGAGCUCUUUGGUUGGCUUGGAGAACUUCUUGAGAGUAUGGGUGCUUCACACGAACUCCAGUGGCCUCAAAUGACCCGGGGUAAGGCCUUAUAUAGGUUAGAGAUCCACUCCUAGCCGUUACAUGCUUUUUUCCUAAAAAGCAUAAAGCGUCGGUUAAACCGGUCGCCACCGUCAGUUUAACCGGUCACACACAGCCUGUCCACUAGCCGUUGAACUUGAACUGCCAUCUUCUGCUGACGUCAUUGCACCGACGACCGUCGGUUUAAUCGGUGCUGAUUGCUUAGAAACCCUUUUGGAACCAAAACAUACGUACUGAGUAACCAUAGCAUGCUUGCACCGACGUCUUAUUUUGUACCAUCGGUUUAAUCGGUGCCUCUAUCAUUUCUUCACUUGAUUGCCAUGUCAUCUCCUCAUUGCACCGGCGCCUCCAUUCUUAUAGCGUCAGUUCAACCGGUGCUACUGUGAUUUCUUCACUUGAUCGCCAUAUCAACUCACCAAAGCACCGACCCGUUAUAAUUUCAUGCUGUCGGUUUAACCGACGCAUAUAAUCAUGUUGAACCUUAUCCAAAUCAUCUCGGCUGUCAUUUGGACACCCUAAAAUAUUCUCUCUGCAUUUUCACUACAACUUGGACAUCUUGACAACGAUUUGGACCAUCUUGUAUAUGGAUUGGACUCCAUCCAUGGGAUCUAGAAAUCCUACAAACUUGAGCUCACAAACUCGUUAGUCCCAUUGACUAUGUUGUCACACAAUCACCAAAAUCACAAUCAUGGCCUAAUGGGGCCAUGUUCCUUACAUUCUUCGUACCCUAUCACUUGAACUGUAAUGGCAGAGAAUCAUGACUAUACAAAUCUGUUUACUGCAUCUAUGAAUUGCCUGCUUCCUUGCUGUAUUACAUAUAUGUCCUCUUCGAACUGUGCCAGCAAGUGCAAGAUGCAUGCAAGGUCAUGAAAUUUUUUAUACUGUCAUACCUGAAUGUCUAAAUGCUCUGAUAUGUCUAGCUGGGAUAUGUAUGCAUGUCUAACAUUCAUGAAUGCCUUCUGUUUUCCAUUCAUCUGAAUAGAUUUGGUUUCUGUACACAGGUUGCACUUUCUUUAAGUGGGAGGAACAGGAGCUUGAAUCUUUAAGAUGAAAAGUAGAAUGCUUCCUUUUCUUCAGUGAGGUAUCCCAAUAUAACCACAUGAGGUGCUUACCUGCAUAUAAGGGAUCUGAAUGCUUGGUGGCUAUUUUUGUCAAUGACCAUGUCAAGCAAUAAAGGGUUGGGAUUGAACCAUCAAGACCAUGAAGAAAGGGGAAAUGUUGUUUUUACCAUUCCUCCAGAACUAGCUUUAUGGAUAUGACGAUUGGAUAUUGUCUUACUAAUUGAAAAUUUCAACUUCCAUGGAUUCUGACUACUAAUUUUGACAUAGAUGAUUGUUCCAACAAGCUUCCAGUGGAUAAUGAUAGAUAUUCAGAUGGUGAUAAUGAAUCCAUGCUGUCAUUGCAUGCGUCAAUGGUAGCCAAGCUCACAGUGUUGUUUCAUCAUUAAUCAUUUUUAUGUCUAUAUUCUUUAGUUUUCUAAAUAUACAUUGCACUAUUUUUGCUGCCCCAUUGAUCCACGUUUUGCUCUAUGGAAAAAGUCAUGAUUGGAAUAUUUUUAUUGGUGUAAAAGGGUAGCAUGCUUAUCUGAUAAUUGGAUUGGACAUUUCAUAUGCUAGAACAGUAUCCAUACAUUUUUUUCCAUUUUAAGGGAGUAAAUUUAGAGUAUAGCAUGACUGUAAUGUUCUUUGUGACCUUAAAUUUUGUAGCUUUAAGGCUGUUUGGGGAGGACACUUGGACGUGCCCUGGCGGCGGUGGUGGGAAAAGCAGUGUGCUGCAGGGUGGCUACGUGUUCGAGAAGGCCGCCAUGAUACAGCAUCAUUGCCCCCCGAGGCGCAUACCCUCGAGGGGCCUGAGGCCAUGGCGAUGGCCAAAGAGAAGGCUGGGCCAGUGCCUUUCUUCGUGACCGGUAUCAUAUCUGAAUGAGAUUCCUAUCGCUGCUCGCAGCAGUAUCAUAAACCAAUGGCAUGUUCAAAAUUUGCAUCUUUCAGAAAUUGGUCGUGUUACUCUCUUAUCUAGAGAAAGCCCAAUAUAAAUGUACAAGCAUAAUUCUUA